GUUACUGUCGCUCAACUCAAAGUUUACAAAACACGUGUUAUUUGCUUUUUUAAUGUAAAGUGAAAUGUAAAAAGCUGCAAAAUUUUUCUUCAAUUUUUGCAAGAUUUUGUGUAAGAAAUGUCUGCAGAAGAAACUAAUGAUAAAGUGUUAUCCAUCAUAGCAAGUUUAAAAAAAACGAACGACGGUGGAAAUGAUAAUACCAUAGAAUCAUCAACUGAUGUUACUUCUAAUAAAAAUAUCACCGAAAAAAAGAAUGAAACCCUUAGAGGAAAACCAAAAUCUGGUAGAUUUUGGAAAUCACAAAAAGAAAAGUUCUCAACUAUAAAUAAGACAAAAGGAUUAAAGCAAGAUUUCCAGAAAAAGACUGCAUUGCGAUUGGAGUUACAACGAACCAAAGAGUUGGCUAAACAAGCGAUGGAGCAGUUAAAACAGAAAGAAGCAGAACGUAAAGAACGGAGACGGCAAAACUUAGCAAGAUCAGAAGAGAACAAACGUAAAGCAGAGAUUGUGCAAGUUAUUACUAACACAGCAAAACUGAAGCGAAUGAAGAAGAAGCAGCUUAGGUUUAUACAAAAGAGAGACACAAAUAAGCAGGUGGAAGCUAAUAAAUAAAAAAUGUAUUUUUAAA